UCGGGCCGCGGCCCAGGCCGGGAGGUGGAGCGCGGUUGCCGCCAGCUGGUCCACUGACAACUGCUGCCAGCUGGAAGGCGCACAGGGCGAGAGGUGGCGCGUCCUCAACUUUCCAGUCUUCGAUUCCGCCCGCUUUCCGAGUGAGAAACGCAGGCCUCUCUUCCGUGAAACAGCGUCUUCUCUUCCGCACCUCCUCUGUGCUGUCUCUUUAAGAGGGCUGGCUGCUGGCGGGAUGGACACGCUGGAGGAGGCGACUUGGGCCAAUGGGAGCACAGCGCUACCCCCACCCCUGGCACCAAACAUCAGUGUGCCUCAUCGCUGCCUGCUGCUGCUCUACGAAGACAUUGGCACCUCCAGGGUCCGGUACUGGGACCUCUUGCUGCUCAUCCCCAAUGUGCUUUUCCUCAUCUUCCUGCUCUGGAAGCUUCCAUCUGCUCGGGCGAAGAUCCGCAUCACCUCCAGCCCCAUUUUUAUCACCUUCUACAUCCUGGUGUUUGUGGUGGCACUGGUGGGCAUUGCCCGGGCCGUGGUAUCCAUGACGGUGAGCACCUCGAACGCUGCAACUGUUGCUGAUAAGAUCCUGUGGGAGAUCACUCGCUUCUUCCUGCUGGCCAUCGAGCUGAGUGUGAUCAUCCUGGGCCUGGCCUUUGGCCACCUGGAGAGCAAGUCCAGCAUCAAGCGGGUGCUGGCCAUCACCACAGUGCUGUCCCUGGCCUACUCUGUCACCCAGGGGACCCUGGAGAUCCUGUACCCUGAUGCCCAUCUCUCAGCUGAGGACUUUAAUAUCUAUGGCCAUGGGGGCCGCCAGUUCUGGCUGGUCAGCUCCUGCUUCUUCUUCCUGGUCUACUCUCUGGUGGUCGUCCUUCCCAAGACCCCGCUGAAGGAGCGCAUCUCCCUGCCUUCUCGGAGGAGCUUCUACGUGUAUGCGGGCAUCCUGGCACUGCUCAACCUACUGCAGGGGCUGGGGAGUGUGCUGCUGUGCUUCGACAUCAUCGAGGGGCUCUGCUGUGUAGAUGCCACAACCUUCCUGUACUUCAGCUUCUUCGCUCCGCUCAUCUACGUGGCUUUCCUCCGGGGCUUCUUCGGCUCGGAGCCCAAGAUCCUCUUCUCCUACAAAUGCCAAGUGGACGAGACAGAGGAGCCAGAUGUACACCUACCCCAGCCCUACGCUGUGGCCCGGCGGGAGGGCCUGGAGGCUGCAGGGGCUGCUGGGGCCUCAGCUGCCAGCUACUCGAGCACGCAGUUUGACUCUGCUGGGGGGGUGGCCUACCUGGAUGACAUCGCUUCUAUGCCCUGCCACACUGGCAGCAUCAACAGCACAGACAGCGAGCGCUGGAAGGCCAUCAAUGCCUGAGAGCGGCUGCCAGGGCCUGUGGAGGACAGGCCAGAGAGGAGGCCAGCGGGCCCAGAGUCCCCGGGGGAGGAGGACCAAGUCAAGGGACCUUCUGCGGGCGAUAGCCCUGUGUGGCCCUGUUCCCACCGUGAGUCUGGAGGCCCCAUCUCCCUGGGGCUCCCAAUCCCCUUCACCAUCUCUGCUCUCACUGGGGACCCUCCUCCCCUUCCCACCUGCUCUCAUACUGCUCAGUGACAUGGCUCAGGCUUUCCUUCCAGGGCCAUGCUUGGCAAGGUUGGCUGAGGGCACCCUCCUUCUCUGCACCCUUGGCACGAGGGCAGGGCUGGCUCUCCCAAUGCCUCCAUGCCAUCCCCAUGGUGCUUUGGCCUCCUCAAAGCAUCCACCAUGGUGGAUGGACUGAAGUGUGUAUAUUUUCUUGAUCUAUUUUUUAAUAAAAAGAAAGGAGCAGAA